GACGUGACCCUGCCCGCGGCCGAUGUCCAAGAGCCCAUUUUUGAUGUUCCUCUAGAUUCUUCCACUGCUAAGGAGGAGGAAUUUGGUAAAUCCAAAGCUUCAGUGUUUAGAUUGCCCAAAAUUUCUUUUUCUAAAAGUUUCAAAGCUCUUCCCCAAGGGCAAUCUGGAUGUGAUGUUUCUGUUUCAGAAACCCUUUGUUAUUCUUUAACAGAGGACACUUUUUCUGUUCCCUCUGAGAGUGUUGGAUCAAUACAUUUGCCUGACAUUAAGGGAGAAGGUGUAUCCAAAAGUACCAAAUUUCGACUUCCUAGCAUUGGUUUCUCUAAAGCUGAAGCAAUUUCAUCUGAUAUUGAUAUGGAGUCCUCAUUACAAAAGGGGAAUAUUACUCUUACUAAAUAUCAAAUGAAUGUACCAGAGUCUCAAUCAAAAAUAGCAUCUGUUGCUGAUGAAAAUCUUUCAGAUUUUGAAAUUUUAAGUGAAGAUGCUUCUGAGGAGCAAGGAGAUUUUAAGUUAGAGGGCAAAACAUCAUCUGCUGAAAUACCUUUCACUGACACAGAGGUCACCGUUAAAAUUCCUAAAUUCCGAAAACCAAAAUUCAUAAUUCGAUCUAAGGGAAAGGCAUCUGAAACUGACAUUGGUUCCACUGCGGAAUCUGAAAUUUCCAAAGGAAAGAUAACAUCUGAUACGACUGAUCAGGAUAUUGAAAAACCAGCUCAAAUCUCUGAUGCCCAGCUUGGUGUAAAGUUGCGUAAGCCUUCACUUGAAGUUGUUCUGGAUGCACCAAUAAUGGAUCCAAAUCUCUCACCUAUGGAGGUUACCUUGCCAAAAUUAGAAGCAGAAAUCCAUGGCCCGGAGUUAGAGUGCAAGGCAGAACAGGAAGUAGUUACAGGAGAGAAGAGUACUGAAGAGAAAGAAAAGAAAUUUAAAUCAUCAAAAUUCAAGCUACCUUCAUUUAGGUGGUCACCAAAGAAAGAAGCUGUUGCUCCUUCUCACAUUGAAGAACAUCUGGAAGGACCCAGUUUGUCUACUUUAUCUGAAGACAUGGGAUCUGAAUUAACUUUUCCUACUCCUGAGAAUCAAUACCUCCAUGAUGAAUUUGAUACAACAGAAAAAGAUGAUGAAAAGGCCAAAACGAAGAAGUCCCAAUUUACCAUGCCAAAGAUCUCAUUUCCUAAAAUUAAGGGUCAGAAAGUACAGGGCUCUCUGCCCAUACUGGAAACUGAUGUUUCUGGACCCAAACAAGAAAAAGAAUGUGUUUCUGUUCAGAUAUCUGAGAAAGGGAGCAGUGGAGAAGGGGCAGGACUGGGCAUAAAAGUGCCAAAAGUUACAGUCCCGACUUUGGAAUUUUCCAAACCAGAAGCCAAAGCUCCUAAAAUAGAGAUGGAUGUUAGCAUGCCUACAGGUGAAGUCACAGUUCCUACCUGUGAAGAUGGGCUGACAUUGAAAUCAGCUGCUGCUAAUGCCAGCCUCUCUACUUCAGAUAUUAAGAUGAUACCUGAAGGUUCACUUGAGGUGAAGAGUCCUGACAUAAUUGUUGAAAGAGCAUCAAGUGAAAUUGCUGUGGGUGAUGUAGAGAUAAAAGCUGAAGGUUCUGAAGGGAAAACAAAAACGUCUAAAUUCCAAAUUCCAAAGUUAGGAAUUGCAAUUUCUAAGGGGAAAGGGUCAGAAAAGGAUGUUGGCCAAUCCAAAUCAGAAGUCAAGGUUCCCCAUCUAAAAGCAACAGUAGAAAUAUCUGAUAUUGCUGUUGAAGCACCAGACUUGGAGGUGGAAUGUGGCACAGAAACAGAGACUUACAGCUCUGAAGUCAAAAUUGCCAAAACUGACAGUAAGGCACCAGAGGCUGAUGUUCAUCUCCCAUCAGCUGACAUUUCUGUUUCAAAACCAGACAGUGAUAUUCAGGAUUCAGAUGCAGCAGUAAAGAUCAAGGGGGAAAUAAAGCAAGAUGGAGAUGGAGAAGAGAAAGAAGGACAUUUCAAAAUGCCCAAAUUCAAACUUCCAUCCUUCAGUUGGUCACCAAAGAAGGAAGCAAGUGUUAAAUCAGAUUCUGGAGCAAAUUUGGAAGACCAAAAUCUUCCUGUCCUGACAAGCAGAAUAGACACAGAAGUGAAAGGAACUGCAACUGAUGAUCAGGGUAGUGGGCCAGACCUUGAUCUGGAAAUAUCUGCAGGAAAAGUUGAACAAGAAAGUCCAAUUAAAAAGCCUCAAUUUGUCAUGCCUAAAAUUUCACUCUCCAAGAUCAAGGUUCCAAAAUCUCAGUCUCAUUCACCAAAAGUUGGAGCUGAUGCUGCUCUUCCUAAAAGAGAAAUAGAGGGUGAUGAUUCAAUUAAAAUACCUGAUAUAGAAAAAAGUCAUCCUGAAGGGACUGAAGAAGGGGCACAAAUAAGCAUAAAACUGGCUGACACUGCAGAGUUUUCCAGAGUAGAAACUGAAGCCUCUAAAACUGAACUAAGAGUCAGCUCAGCAAAGAUUGAUGCUUCUUUGACUCCCUCAGAGGAGAAUUUUCAACAGGUUGACUUAAAAAUAAGUUCUACCAAAAAAUGCAACAUUGAAAAAAGAGGUAUUAAGCUCCCCAAAGGAGAAGCUUCAGUUGAUUUGAAGAGCCCUGAUAUAUUAACAGAAAGCUCAUCAGUUGUGGAUGGAAGAAAAAUGAAAUUGGAAGGUCCUGAAGGGAAGAUUAAAAUGCCCAAAUUCCAGAAGACAAAGUUUGGAAUCUCCCUAACAAAAGGGAAAGUCUCGGAGACAGAGAUCAGCUCUCCAAAAAUAGAAGCUGAGCUACCCCAACUAAGAAUGACAAAUGAAAUUGCUGACAUUGCUGUGGGAGUUCCAGCAUCAGGACUUCCAUCUGAUAUGUCAGAUCCUGGAGUAGUUGAUGGUAAGAUAAAAACACCCCAAACUUUGACAGGUGGCAUUGAAGAUGCAAAGGCAGACUUAAGCACCCAGUCAGUGUCUAAACCAAAGACAGAGGGAAUUAUUGAAAGACUUGAGGAGAAGGAAAUCAAAUUAAAAGAACAUGAAAUAAAAGGUGAAGAAGUUCAGACUGAAGAACAUCAGGGAUGGUUUAAAAUGCCAAAAUUCAGAAUACCUGCAUUUGGCAGAUCAUCCUUAAAGGAAAAAAAAAGUGAUGCUGAUACUGAAAGAAGUAUGGAAAAAGCUCAGGCAACUAUUCCUUCUGCUAAAGUACAAACUGAAACAAGUAUUCCUGAAAAUACCUUCUCAUUACCACAUGCAGUUGCUGAAAUUACUAUUGGAAAAGAAGGGAUUCAAAAAUUAGGAGAUUCUGUGAAGAGUUCUGAUGUUAGCUUGCCAAAGAUGGAAGGAGAUACUUCAUUAUCCACAGAAAGAACAGAAAGUAGAAUGAAUAUUCCAAAAACUGAAACUUAUGCAGACAUAGUUAAGCGCAGUGCGGAAGGACAUACUUCAGAAAUCACAGUGUCUGCAGCAGAAUUAUCUAAAUCAUACCCAAGUGCUUCAGAAACUGACAAAGACAAGAGUUCAACAAAUAGGUUUUCUACAUGUACUCUGACGUUUCCAGAGCAUAAAGGCAAAUCACAGGAUGUAGAAGUCCCAAAGGUAGGAAGUUCCAUGAAGUUAGAAACAUCAGGGGUAGGAUGCAAACCAUCAACAGGUGAAAUUACUCUGGAUGCAACACAGAAGAAAAUAGAUGUUAGUCUUCCAAAGCAAGAGCUAGAUAUUCAAAAUAAAGAGGCAUCAAUUAAAAAAGGAAAGAUAAAGGGUGAAGUGAAAAUCAUAGGAAAAGACAGUGAAGAAAGUCAGUUAAAAAGGACUAUGUGUGAAUGGUCUACAACAAAAGGAUCAGAAGAUGGUACUUACGUUACUGCUAAGCUGGAAGAUCUGAAGGUAGAAGUUCCAACAGUAAAAACGGAUGUUAAAAUUACUGAAGUAGAUCCUGAAAUGAAAUUUCAAGUCAAAAGUGUUGAAAAGGAUGUGUCUGCAGAAGUGAAAGUGGAAGUAGAAGACAGAGCAGAAACAAGUAAAAUUAAAGCAUACAAGUUUAAGAUUCCAAAGUUUGGAAUGUUGCGUUCAGAAAUCAAGGGGUUUGAAGAUGAUACCAAUUUGCCAAAGUCAGAAGCUGAUUUGGCACCUGAAAGUGAAAGAGGCACAGCAGAAAUGCAGUUACAAAAACCAGAAGGAUCAGUUGACCUUAAAAGUCCAGUUCUAGAUCAUAUAGAAGCAUCUGCCAGAAUAACAGGGGAAACAGUGCACCAAACACAAGGUGUCCCAGAAGUAAGUGUAAGAAUUCCCAAACUGAAAAUACCAAGAUUCACAUUCAGAACUCUCCCAAUUGAAGCUGAUGUUUUACUGUCAAAAGUAGUAACAGAUCCAAAGGGAUCUAGUACUGACAUUGAAAUAGUGCAACUGCAAGCAAGCCCUGCUAUCCAUGAAGAAACAGGAGCUCUGGAGGGGGGUAUUAAAAAAGCAAAAAGCAAAAUUUUAACACUGAAUGAGCCUGACAUUAAAACAGCACAGAUGACAGCUACCAUAGAGUCAUCCCUUUCAAGUGGAGGGCAAGACAUUCAUUGGUCUUACAUAGAGGGCCAAGAAGUACGUGAAAAAGUAGAGCCUGAACAUGUUGCUAUUGAGCGGUGUGAGAUUUACACUACUGAAAUACUGAAAGGAUCAGAGAUUCUGUCAUCAGAGGUCAAAACUGCUACUUUGGGGUUCUCAUUGCUCAAGACAAAGUUGCCUGAAUCACACAGUGAUUUAGACGUGCUGGUCCAGAAGCCAUCUCCAACGGGAGAUGCACCUACAGGUGCUGGUGAAAGCUUUGGGGUAGCAGCACAGAGAGCUGGCAGUGCUGAGCUUAAACUAUCUGACAAACCACACCAUGAGUCUGAGGAAUCUAGAGGAAAAGUAAGUUUGACAAAGAUAAAAACGUCUACUGCUGAAGUAAAGUGUUCCAGUAAACUUGAAGAGAGUUUUCCUGAUAAAUCACCAGAGGGAAUAACUGCAGCUUCUCUCUCUAAAGAUGAAGAUGUAGUUGAAGCAGUGGAAGGUGAAGAAAAAGACAUAAGCAGUGAGAAAGAAAAGACUGAUAGUAAAAGAUCUCCUGGAAGAUUCAAAUUUUGGCUUCCAAGUAUUGGCUUUUCAUCUUCUGGGGAUGAAACAAGCACAGAUGCAAAACCAGAAAUAAAAAAAUCAGUACCAGAAGAUGUGAAACCUGCUGACACAUCAGAUGAUUCCUCUAAGCAGGCUGAUAAAACUGGAUGGUUUAGAUUUCCCAAGCUUGGCUUCACAUCUCCUUCUAAAAAGGCUAAGUCUGUUGACAAAGAAGAGGUGGGUCAUAAAGAGGGGAGACUCUCAGAUGAAGAUAGCCCAACAGAUAAACCAGAUGUGUUUUUUGAUGCACAGGAAAGCUUAUCACCUAAAGAAAUAGGAGAGGGUGAAAAAGCCGAAAUUGAUGGGGCCUCAUCUAUUGUGACAUCUUCAGCAAGAACUGAACUAAUCUUGUUGGAGGAAGAAAAAGAAAGUAAAUCUAAUAUUGUUGGAGAUACAACCAAAUAAAGGUUGUAUUUUCUCAAUUCUCAAUGAAAACAAAAUGAUCUAUAUGUACAGAAGAGAAUGUUUUCGUAAUUUUCUACUAACUGAAAAUUAAAACCCAAGGCUGGUAUUCAUGAAAACACUUGAACAGAAUGUACCACAUUCAGAUUUUCAAAUACAUGGAUGUAUUAGAUCUUACACUAAUAAAAAUUAUUAUUUCUUCAUAUAUACCCCAAGGGCAACAAUUAUGACUGAUGUAGAGGAGUCCAGAGUUUGAGCCAAGUCUGAGUAGAUACCAGAACCAUGAAAGUAAAUCAUUGAAAGGCUCAAUGGUAGCAAAAGACUUGUUAAAGAGGCUUCUCAAAACACACCAGUUAUAUUAGACUACAGAUUAUUUCCUGAAUGGGUUCUAAACUAGUACUAUAAGAACUAUGCUCACCUGCCUAGAUUUUGGAACUUUCUGAUCUACUUUUGCUUUGUUAUUAAAAUGUUUUUCUUUAUUUCAGCUAAGGUAGUAUGUAUAUUUCACAAACAUUUUAAAAUAUAAAAUAGGAAUUAAACACUAGUGUAGAGAGACUAAUGCUUUGCCUCUUUCUCUCUUCUCAUUUUUUUUUAUUAUUGUGGUGGGUCAUAUUUAGCCUUACAAUAAUUAAAAAAAAAACAGCAAAAAACAA